AUGGAUCUGCCGCUGCCACGAGAGCUACGAAAACUGUCAGUCCUUUUCUUCUUCGCAUCGCCCGAGAAGAGACCCCGUCGCUUCGAAAUCCAAGUCUCGAAAAAGGGCGGAAGUGUUCGCGAAAUCUACCUCCAAGUCUCUAAAAACACCGAUGUUCCGCUGGAUGCGCUGCGCGUUCUGACUAGCUAUAAAAAACGGCUGCACAAGAGUCAUCCCCCCACCGGCGACCUCGACGACAUCGACUCGACCAGCGAAGUCAUUGCCUCACAAAUCAAAAAUGAUGAAGAAAAUGUCGUCAUUGGCCUUUCUCACAGGAAAGAGCUCAGAAAAGUGUCCGAUCCGGAUAAGUGUCAAUGCUGCGGGGUCGAGCACAGUGAGAAAAGCUUGAAAAGAUGUGCCAAGUGCAAAGAUGCUUGGUACUGUUCAAAAGAGUGCAUCAAGGAAAACUUCAAAUACCACAAGUCAAGUUGCGAAGUUUCAAAAGAGUUUAUCGGAAAUCCGCUUUUCAUAUCUGUCCCGCGGCGAAUUUCGCGCUCUACUCUUCACAAACUCAUCCUCGAUUACGCGGCGUACUCGAUUGACUACAGUUGGAGUGUGGAGUCACUCGAACGGCAAAAGAAUGCCACUUCCGACUACGAAACACCCCCAAGCAGUCCUGAACAACCGGAAUUAGGCGAUGACUUUGAAACAGAAAAUCAAGAAUCCACUACUCUCAAUCAACCUAUCAACAAGACACGGCCAGAAUCCCAGCCACUGGUGCCUUUUAGACUCAUUGCAACCACACAACACGGAACAGACUUGGCAAAACAAUCGAUGACGGAAGAAGAAGAUGUAUAUUUGCUCGACGAUGUGACGAAUCUUACGGCAGAAUGGUUAAAUGACAAACAUCGAGUCGCAAAAAAAGAUGAGCCCUACGUCCCGUGGCUCGAGUCAGUCAGCUCAGUCAAUCAUGAAGACAUUCGCGCCGAUCGCAUGUCCAGUUACGACGAUACAGUUACGCUCGAGCGCUGCAUUGAGCUGUUUUCUGAAGCGGAAAUACUCGAAGAGGAUGACUUUUGGUACUGUGGCUCUUGUAAGGAACACGUGGCAGCGCAGAAACAGCUGUCUCUGUGGAAGCUGCCAAAGGUGCUUAUUUUCCACCUGAAGCGCUUCCAUUACCGACAGAGCCAAUCGCACUACUCGAUUCGACGGGACAAGAUUAACAAGCUCGUGGACUACCAAGUCGAAAACCUGGACAUGAGCCCGUUUGUGAUCGACCCGAAAGAAGCUUGCAACGGAGUGCCGCCCAACUACGAGCUCUGUGGCGUCGUCAACCACAUGGGCAGCAUGAGCUUCGGCCAUUACACCGCUUAUGUCAAACAUCCAGAUAAGGAGAGCCAAUGGAGACUGGCAGAUGACUCGCAUGUGCGCGAUGUUCGACAGAGCAGCGUUGUUAGUGAUAAUGGAUAUUUAUUGUUUUAUAAGUUGAAAGAACCGACAAAAUCAGAUUCUAAGCCGAAGCUGAAUAUACAGUCGUAUGAAGAAGUCAAGCUUGAGGAGCAAAUGGAAAAACUGACAUUCGAAUCACUGAAAGAAACCUACGAAGCUAAAGAGCAGGAGAAACUCACCGAAGACGAAGAAGAAGAAGAAGACUCGAAUGAAGACGAAAGGAGACACUAA